CACAGCACUGUAUAUAUGCAAGGAUUUCUCCUCCUUUGGAAAUAAAGAAGUGUGUUGUAUAUUUGCAGGUUUCACAGAAUCCAAAGGGGCAGUAACAGGUGAGCACUUCAACUAAAUCUGCAAUUUAUGUAAGGACAAAAUGGGCAAAAUCUCAUGUUUCUCAUGGGUCAGUGCGGGACUGUUCGGGGUAAAGCUUUCUCCAGGGAACUUGUUUCGCCGAACUGGUCCCUGGGAGAUUGCAAUGAAAUCAUCUCGGGGCCAGCAUGAAGAUAAGAUAAUCCGCCAUUUGUCAACUCCCCAACGGAGACAGCAGCUUUAAAGGGAGUGGUCUGUGCGCUUGUUGGACUACAGUUCUUCUCAGACACCUCCAAGAGCCAGUCGUCUCUCUGUGCGCAAACAUGUACCCAGACUUUUCCAAGAACGCAGAGGAGAAGCCGGAGCCUACCAAGGCAGAAGUAAAAGGGAGCAUCCCCGAUUGGUUGCAAGGCACCCUGCUCCGCAAUGGCCCCGGCAUCUUUUCUGUGGGCGACACCAGCUACAACCACUGGUUUGAUGGGAUGGCCAUCAUGCACAGCUUCACCUUUAAAGAUGGUGAAGUGACGCACAGAAGCAGAUUCCUCAGAGGGGACACGUACAAAGCAAACAUGGCUGAAAACAGGAUAGUUGUGUCUGAAAUGGGGACAAUGGCCUAUCCGGACCCCAGCAAGAACUUCAUCUUCAAGGCAAUCACCUUCCUCAACCACACGGUGCCCGACUUCACCGACAACGGUGCGAGCAAUUUCAUCAAAUACGGAAACGACUACUAUGCCACCUCUGAAACCAACUACAUCCUCAAGAUUGAUCCUGUGACCCUGGAGACUCAGGAAAAGGUGGACUACAUGAAGUACCUGCCUGUAAACCUGGCUUGCUCUCAUCCGCACUACGACAAGGAGGGCAACGCCUACAACAUUGGAACCUCAAUAGCAGAGAAGGGCAAGACGAAAUACACUCUGUUCAAAGUCCCUGCCGCCUCAGAGAAAGACAAAGACAAGAAUGCCCCCGCGCUGAAGAACGUGAAAGUGGUCUGCACAGUGCCCUGCCGCUCCCUGCUCACACCGAGCUACUACCACAGCUUCGGCAUGACGGACAAUUACUUCAUCUUCAUCGAGCAGCCGUUCAAACUGGACAUCCUCAAGAUGGCCACGGCGUACAUGAGGGGAGUCAGCUGGGCAAGCUGUCUGAAGUUCUGCCCUGAGGAAAACACUCUGAUCCACCUGAUAGACAGAAAGACCGGCAAGGUGGUUGAGACGAAGUACUCCACUGGAGCAAUGGUCGUCUACCAUCACGUGAACGCUUUCGAGGACGACGGCCACGUGGUCUUCGAUGUCAUAGCCUACGAUGAUACCAGCCUUUAUGAAAUGUUCUACCUGAGCAAGCUGAAGGAAAUUCGUGGCCAUGACGAGAGUUACUCCAAACCAACCUACAGGAGAUUUGUACUUCCCAUCCAUUCUAACAAGGGCAUUGCAGUUGGAGAGGACCUGGUACGGCUCAAAAACACAACAGCCACCGCUGUGAAGGAGAAAGAGGGCAAACUGAUAUGCCAGCCAGAGGUGUUCUGUGAAGGUUUGGAAUUACCCAGAAUCAACUAUAACGUCAACGGACAGAGACAACGUUUUGUCUACGGCAACUGUGUGAAGGAAUCUGCACUGGCAAAAGAGAUCUCCAAGUUUAACACAGAAACCAAGGAAAUGGUUUAUUGGAAUCAGGAGAACUGCUGGCCCUCAGAGCCCAUUUUCAUCCCCAAACCAGCCGGAGAGGCAGAGGAUGAUGGUGUCGUCUUGUCAUCGGUUAUCAACUCCAACCCAGGCCAGUCGGAUUUCAUCCUGAUUCUCGACGGCAGCACAUUCAAGGAAGUCGCUCGUGCAAACUUGAGCACGGCGCUCCACAAGGACAUGCAUGGAUUCUUUAUCCCGCAAGGCAGUUAGUCAUUAGGAUAUGUAAAAAAGAGAAAAAAGAAAUGACUUUAGAGAACUUUCCACCAAACCAAAACUGCUUACUAAUAGGAAUGCACAGGGAAGGAAUGUAUUUGAAUAUUGAAAAUACUGGGUUUUAGACCAAGGUGGGAUGAGGUUCCACGUACAGUAGUUUCAUGGACCGCCUCCUCACUGUCAAAUUGAACAUAUUGUAUCACAACAAAAUAAUUUAUUCCUACUUUUAGUGCAUAUUCGCUGAUUUUGUGUGGAUCGAUUGAUAACAUGUAUAUAUCAUUGUGUAUUA